CAGAAACCCCACCAUCCCGCAUCAUUAAGAUUCCAUCUUUAUCAACAGCAUGAGGCUGCAUGCUCCUCUUCUCACAUACAUGUAGUCAACUACGUUUUCAACUUUUAAGCAGCAUAACCCUGGUCAAGGUAGCCUAUCAAGAUACCUAUCUAGCCCAUUCGACUACAUCUUUUUCUUCCUUGAAAUCCAGCGUCUACGUCAAAUAUGGCUAAAGUCCCCCGAAAUUUCCGCCUUCUGGAGGAGCUGGAAAAGGGAGAGAAGGGCUUAGGAGCUGAGGCUUGCUCCUAUGGCUUAGAUAAUCCCGAAGAUCUACUGAUGUCUGAUUGGAACGGUACCAUUCUUGGACCUCCCCACAGCGUGCAUGAGAAUCGAAUCUACUCCGUCAAGAUGCACUGCGGCGAUCAGUAUCCCGACAAGCCUCCCACGAUUCAGUUUGUCAGUCAAGUCAAUCUGCCCUGUGUCAACCAAAAGAAUGGAAUGGUAGACCCGAACCAGUUGCCUUGUUUAGCCCACUGGAAGAGAGAGAACACCAUGGAGACCAUCUUGAUCGAGCUCCGAAGAUAUAUGGCAUCCGGCCCGUGCAAGAAGCUCCCUCAGCCGCCCGAGGGAUCAGUAUACUCCGGCAAUUAGGAUAGUAUUAUGCACAAUCCCAACACAUGGUACACCGACAUUCAAUAUCAACUUGAUACACCUUGGCUUUUUACUCUUUAGCACAUUAUUUACGAGAGGGAGGGGCGGACGUCACGAAUUCCUAUUACCCCUAAGAACGCGAUAUGACUUUGUAGGUACUAUCGGUCCUGAUGCAGGAGACAUCGAUUCAGAGGAGCUUUGGGAAUUAGCCAGAUUCAUAGCAUGAAAUAAAAAGUUAAAUCACUAAAGAAAA